AUGGAAAAGCUAUGUUUAACAUUAUACUUCUCUGCAUGUAAGCUGCACCACUACAUGUUGUCAUUUACUACAUGCAUAAUCGCUCAGACCGAUCUGGUCAAAUAUAUGUUGUCGCGGCCCAUUCUUAGGGGCCGAAUUGGCAAAUGGAUCUUGGCUCUUUCAGAAUUUUCUUUACAAUAUGUGCCUCAAAAGGCUGUGAAGGGUCAAGCCAUCGCGGAUUUUCUAGCACAUCAUCCCAUGCUGGACGCUCCAGAGCUUCGCGAGCUAGAGGUCGCGGCAAAUUUAUGGGGAAAGGCAUGUCAUAUACAUUGCUCCGAACCUUUCACCGAUGGCCAGGCAGCGGUCAUGUUACAACCAUGGGUAUUGUACUUUGAUGGUUCCCGAACAGAUAUCAUGGCCGGAGCAGGAAUUGCACUGGAGAAUCCUGCUGGAGAUCACUUUUCGUACUCAUUCCAGUUGGAGUUUCAAUGUACCAACAACCAGGCUGAAUAUGAGGCCUUAAUCAUAGGCCUAGAAGUACUACUGGAAAUGGGAGUCAGAGACGUACAAAUACUUGGAGAUUCUCUCCUGGUCAUCAAUCAGCUGCGCAAAAGGUUCAAAUGCAUUAGCUUCGCGCUGGUCCCUUAUUUAAACAGGACACUAGAACUGUUGGACCAGUUUGAUGACGUGGAUCUUGAGCACAUUCCUCGCGAACGAAAUUUCACCGCGAACGAGUUGGCCCAGCUGGCAACAAGGGUAACAUUGAGAUAUGGCGUGCACGAGAGAAUCCUUAAAGUCGAGCGUCGUACGCUUCCUUCAUGGAUGGCGAGAAGAGAUCCUCCAAACGAUACUUCAGUCGCGACCUUGGAAUCCAUUGACGUGGAUUGGCGCAUCCCUUUGAUCAAUUAUCUCAAGCAUCCUGCUCAGACCACGGAUAGAAGGAUUCGCUAUCUUGCCCUCAACUACUUCCUCAGAGGUGAUGAACUUCGCAGACGAGGAAAAGAUAGCGUGGAUUUCAGAUGUGUUUAUGGCCGCGAAGCGAAACAACUCAUGCGCGAAGUUCAUUCUGGCAUUUGCGGCGCUCACCAAGCAGGUCCAAAGAUGCGAUGGUUGCUCAAACGACAUGGAUAUUUUUGGCCCAGUAUCUUGAAGGAUUGUAUCGCGUUCGCUAAAGGUUGUUUGGACUGCCAAGCUCAUGGGUCGGUCUAG